AUGGGUCGAAUGAACGUAUCAAUGAUGCGUUACCUGGAAGGUGACCACUUCCGAGUGCUCAUUGCCGUUGAAAUGGGAAUGAAGAAUCAUGAAGUCGUUCCACUGGCACUAGUUUCAUCAAUUGCUGGAAUUCACAGAGGGGGUGUACUCAGAACACUCAAUGAUUUAUGCAAACAUCAGUUGGUCGCUUUCGAGAGAAGCAAGAAAUUUGAUGGCUAUCGUCUUACAAUCCGUGGUUACGACUACCUCGCUCUCCGUGCCCUCUGCUCUCGUGACGUCGUCGGAAGUGUCGGAAAUCAAAUUGGAAUUGGAAAGGAGUCGGAUGUUUAUGUGGGCGGUGACCCAGAACUCAAUGAUUUGUGUCUGAAAUUCCAUAGAUUGGGUCGUACUUCGUUCAGAAAAAUCAAGGAAAAACGAGAUUAUCACAAGAAGAGAAAGAGUGCCUCAUGGCUGUAUUUGAGCCGUUUAGCAGCUGCGAAGGAAUUCGCAUUUCUGAAAGCGCUCCAAGAGAGAGGAUUUCCAGUUCCAAAAGGAGUCGAUGUGUGUCGUCAUUUGGUUGUAAUGCAAUUAGUUAUUGGACAAACACUUUGUAAUGUAAACCAUGUGGAAGAUCCUGCUGCAUUGUAUGACAGAUUGAUGGCACUUAUUGUUAAACUGGCCAGACAUGGUGUAAUUCAUGGAGAUUUCAACGAAUUCAAUUUGAUUAUGCUCGAAGAUGAACGUGUUGUUAUGAUUGAUUUCCCGCAAAUGGUAUCAAUCGAUCAUGCCAACGCGGAGUUUUACUUUGAUCGUGAUGUUACAUGUGUUCGAACUUUUUUUAAAAGACGAUUCGACUAUGAAAGUGAAGAUUGGCCAAAGUUUGAUGAGAUCGAGAGAAAAGGAAACAUGGAUGUCCUGUUGGAAGCAUCUGGAUUUACAAAAAAGAUGGCUCUGGAUCUGAAUAAAGCUUAUGAUGAUGGGAACUUUUUGGCACAUUGUGAGCAAGAGCUAAGAACUGAAAAGCAGGAAGAUGAAGAAGGUGAAAAGGAGGAGGAUUCGGACUCCUCAGAUUCAGAAUCAGAAGGAAUGGAAGCUAUUCAAGAAGACGAGGAAGAGAAGGAUCACGAAGAGGUUCAAGCUCAAGUGAAGUCUGUCAAACAACAAAAAAUUGUUCUUUCUCAAUCUACUCGUUUCAAUGAUUGGCUAUCUGAUGCCACGACUCUGUUGGAUAAUGUUGACUUGAAGGAAUUGAAGACAGAGGAAGGAUACGACGAUAGUGAUUUGCCGGAUAAAAUUAAUCAUCCUCCCGGAGUAACAGCCAGUAAAGAAUCAGAAUCUUCUGAUAAUGAUGAUGAACAAGAAGACGAGGAGGAAGAAGAAGAUGAUCAUGUGGCAGUUGAGGAGCAGUUGGCUAAGGUUGUGAAGAAGAAAAGAAGAGGCGUAGUGCAAAGUGGAGCAAGAAGUGUCGCAAGCAGUGCUGCCACAUUUUCAGCUGAAGAAAUUAAAAGAAAGUUGGCAUUGGAUAAGAAACGAAAUAAGGAAAAGAUUCGUCUGAAGGUCAAAGGAAAACAAAGUGCAGUGGGCCGUAACCGAAAGGAUAAUAAAAAUGUAAUUGCGGAGUACGCCGGAUGGAUUUGA